CAGAGGGUGUGUGCCCUGUAAGCCCCAUAGACGCGGCAGCUCCGGGUAGGGACCCAGCUGAGGCAACCGGCUCUCCUUUGCCCGGCUGGCCGCCAGUCCCAAGAGAGCCUUGCACAGCCGGACAAUGCAUCAGGCUGGCCACCAUCCAUGGCUUUCUCCAACUGUCAAUGGUUCAGCAGGGCAGGAGCCCCAGAAGCAGCUUCCGGAGGUGCUGGGUGGGGCCUGGGAACCUCGUCCAGUGGUCGGGCUGCCCCUGCUCACCAUCAUCGUCGCUGUCUUUGUCUUGCUGGCAGUCUGUAUCGUGGUGGCAGUCCACUUUGGGCCAAGGCUGCACAAAGGCCAUGCCACUCUCACCACAGAGCCACCAUCCCCAAAGCCAGAGGGCGGCAUCUACCUCAUCCGCUGGCGCAUGCUGGGCCAUCAGGACAGUCACGAAGACCCCCAGCAGGAACCUCCGGGCCCUGACUCCCGCCCUCUGCCAGAUGGGCCCAGGUUCAGCAUCAAUGAAGUCACGUUUCUGUAG